GUACCUAAGAGCAAUAUUAUUCACUGAACUGCAUAAAAAGAUUGAUAAGUUUGGUCCAUAAACUAUAAUGCUACUACAUUCAGCCAUGGCAGCGACUUCUUCUUAUAUGGCUUGUGCAAAAUUCUCUAUGUUGGGUUAUGCUGGAAGAAGAAUCCAACUGAGAAGCAGAAGAGACUUCUUUAUAAGAGCUCAGCAGCAACCUGGUGAAGUCCAAGAACCACAAGUACAGAGAGAAAAAGGAGAGCCAAAAGGAACAGUGCCAAGGCCAGUGGAGACACAAUUGAAUGUGAAGAGUAGGAACAUGGCGAGAGAAUAUGGUGGGGAUUGGCUUAGCUGUGCCACAAGGCAUGUGAGGAUUUAUGCUGCUUAUAUAGACCCAGAAACCUGUGCAUUUGAUCAGACACAGAUGGAUAAGCUCACCAUUAUACUUGAUCCAACCAAUGAGUUUGUGUGGACUCCAGAGACUACCAACAAGGUCUACUCCUACUUCCAAGAGCUUGUGGAUCACUAUGAGUUUGUUAGACAAUCAUUGGACGUAAAAACUUCCGCGGUUAGGGAAUUGUACAACAAUGUAUAUCAAGUUAACGCUUCUCUCAAUAAGGGUGCAGAUUUGACAGAAUACACUCUGCGUCUGAUUGGUUCAGACAUAGAGCACUACAUAAGGAAGCUUCUCUAUGACGGAGAAAUCAAAUACAACAUGGAUGCAAGAGUCCUUAACUUCAGCAUGGGUAAGCCUCGCGUUAUGUUCAAUAACAACGAAUUUCAACCUCAGGAUGUAUGAUGAUAAGAUUGAGAGUCAUCAAACAGAAAAGCUGGAGAAAGAAGAUGAACAUAUUAGGUUUGAUGAAAGAGUAAUGUCUUCCCUUCCAUCUAUUCUUACUCAUUGAAGUUAAUAUGGGAUUAUGUAGAGAGAUAUACAUCUGAAUUUGUUUCUCUAGAAGUAAACUACUCCGAAAUGAAUAGUGAAAAGAUUAUCAAGAAAUUUGAUUCAA